GAAGAAAAACAGUGUUACCAAGGUACGAAUAUAUCUAUAACCCUAGUUACCGUUCCAUAAUAAAUCAAUUUAUAAUAAAUCGUGUGUAGUUAAAAUAUUUAUUAUCUAUUUAUUAUUACAUAACGGUGCUAGAAUUUAUUAAAAUGCUAUCAUAAGUAUUCGAUAUAUAAAUUAUAUGUUAAAACCUCGUGAUCGAAGUGCGUGUAUGAAUGUAUAUUGAGUAGCCGCGAUUUUUUUGACAGUUUAGUGCAUACACCUGUCUUGUGCCCUAAAAUUUUUCGAAAAAUUAAUUAUAAUUCUUAUAAUGUCAAAACAUAAAGAUAACCGUUGGUCUAAUUACGCGCUGAGAAUUAUAAUAAAUACAGUAUCCCAUCCAUUCGAAUACGCGAAAGUAUUAAUACAGAUCGGCUACGAACCGAUUCCACCAAAAGCUACAAAAACCCUAUUCGGAAAACACGCUCUUAAAUUACCAAACAUUUUUGAAUAUGUAAAACAUAUUAAAUCUGUCGACGGGUUCGUUGGUUGUUACAACGGAUUAGCACCGAAAGUAUGUGGAAAUUUAAUGAGCGCCAUCGCUACACAAAGACUUACGGAUUAUUUCCAACCCCCUGUAGAACAAGAAGAUUUAGAUGAAGAACCAACAGAUGAACAACAGAGAAAAAAUUUUAUAAGAGCCCUUAAAUGUGAAGUAAUGACGCAUUCGGUUGCUAUAGUCGUUAGUCAACCUUUUCACGUGAUUACGGUUAGAAUGAUGGCUCAGUUUAUUGGAAAAGAAACUAAAUACGCGGGUAUAUUCAGUUCAGUUCAAGAGAUUUACCGCGAAAACGGACUAUUAGGUUUUUUUAGCGGCUUAAUACCGAGACUUAUCGGUGAUAUAUUGUCGGUAUUAUUGGCCAGCGGUUUAACAUACAUCAUAAAUAGAUAUGUUAUAGACGAGAAGGAAUUGAAAGUUUAUACCUCACCAACCAUGACGUUUUUAUCGACGACCAUAACUUAUCCGUUUCAAGUUAUAUCGAACUGCAUGGCGGUAACUGACAGUGGUUUAACCGCUGGUUCACCCCCGUAUAUGCCUCACUACAAGAAUUGGAUCGAUUGUUGGGGCGAUUUAUCCAACAGGAAUCAAUUGAAGAGAGGAUCUAGUCUAUUAGUUCGAUAUUAUGUCGGUCCUUCUAUAAUAAUCGGAGGACAACCUGUACCGUUUACUACUAACAAUGAUAAAUUGAUGUAAAAUCGCACUUUUUAAAUUAUUUUUUACAAUAUUAUAACGAUUUUGUUUGUGAAUAGAAAAAUCUAGUUACUAA